AUGCAUCGCAAUUCGACCAUUUCAUCAAUUCUGCUUAUUCAAUUAUUGUCAGCAAUUGCAACCGAGGCAAAAUAUUUGAUAAAUGUCAAUGACAGUGUUAGCUUAACCGAUUGUAAUUUUGACGACUUGCAAAAUAUUUCAUUGUUAAACUCGAAUCCGCAUGAAAUUGUAAUCCACAAUUGUCACUUGUCCGCUGAUUUGCCAAAUGCAUUGUUUAUACGCUUCCAUAAAUUGAGGAUUUUGGAAAUUACCGAGAGUCAUUUGAAGAACAUUGGCGAUUUUGCAUUUAAUGGUUUAAAUGAAUUACGGAUUUUAAAUCUCGGCCGUAAUAAUAUCACAUUUGUGAGGACGUGGACGCACGAGAAUCUCGAAUCACUUCAUACACUCGAUUUACGUCGUAAUGCCAUAACGGAAGUUCAUAAAUUUGCAUUUACUCGUUAUACGAAGCUUUUGAAACUCAAUUUAGUUGCAAAUCAUAUCAGUUCAUUGCCCGAUGAGCUCUUUCGAUCGAUUCCAUUGCUUAAGCACUUAAAUCUUGGUAAAAAUAAUUUAAAAUCAAUUGAUUCGCAUACAUUUAAGCAUCUUCAUAAGCUUAUUCAUCUUGAAUUGAAGCAUAAUGAAAUUGAAUUUAUUGAAGAUGAGUCGUUCGUUGGACUUACACACAUGAAAGUGCUGCAUUUGCAGGAUAACAAGCUGACAUCAUUCGAACAAGAAUUAAUUUCAAAUAUGCCAAGAUUGCAUCAUUUAAAUUUGUCACACAAUCUAUUGGAUGAGAUAAAGGAUGAGACAUUUGAGAAGAAUGAGGAACUGAUAUCGUUAGAUUUGAGUUACAAUAAAUUUGAGGCUUUCUCAACGUUAUCGUUUAAAGGACUGGAAGUGCUUGAGAUCCUGAAUGCCAGCAAUAAUGUGAUAGAAAACAUUGACAAUGCAAUAUUCACCGAUUUAGCAAAUCUCAAGUAUCUUGACCUAAGCAACAAUCAAAUAACUCACAUAAGAUCAGAUAAAAUCUUCAGCACAACACAAAUGCUCAAGACUAUAAAACUGAAUGACAAUUUAUUGCAAUCGAUAGAUGAUGCUGUGUUCAGUGAAUUGAAAUUGCAACAUUUGGAUUUAUCGUGUAAUAAUUUAUCGUCUGAUAACUUUUUGUGGUCGGAAACUGUCGAGAUUGCUUAUUUGAAUUUAACAUACAAUGCCUAUACAAGCAUCAAUUCGUCUAUACUUGAGAAUAUUAUUGUGACAGAUUUCUAUGAAAAUCCAUUCAUAUGUGAUUGGCUUGCCGAAGAGAUUUUCACCUCAAAGAACGUUCAUUAUGGCUUGGAUUAUGUGGUGAAAUCGCGACAUGAUUUGUUCGAUACGACAGGUAUUGAAUGUCAUGAUCGUUACACACAUAUUGUUAGACGACUUAUAGUACUUGAAGGUGUUACUGGAAAUGGAAAUGAUGAUGAUAUUGAGACUUCUGAGGAUGAUGACUUGUCAUGGAAACACCAAAAGACGGCAACAUCAAGCGAGAAUUUCAAUUACAGAUCAGCAUUGCUUUGGUUUCUAGUCGGUUCUGUUGCUGGUUUUCUGUCAUUUACAAUAUUCAGGUGUAUUUCAAAUACAUCAAAAGUGAAGAAGAAAAGUGAGGCAAAUUUAAAGGUGAACCACGAAAAUUAUACAAGCACUUUAGACGAGUCGAAGAUUAUGUAA